UUUCCGUUUAGUCUGAGCAAAAAUAGAAUCAAAGUCCUUCAAUAUUGCAGUUAUCCCCUGCUUGUCAGCUGCAUCGCAUCAAAUAAUAGAACACUUAUCUUUUUGCUCUUACCAUUCAAUCUCGUAAAUACUGAUUUUUUUAUUUAAUAAAAAUGUAUCGCUGGACUGGAAAAGUUGCUAUAGUAACUGGUGCAUCUUCUGGCAUGGGAUUAGCAACUGCCAAGGCCUUAGUUAAAGAAGGAAUGAAUGUGGUUGGAUUGGCUCGAAGAAAGCAAAAAAUGGAGGAUGAAAUGAAAACGAUUAAAGGGAAAGGAAAAUUUUAUGCCCUCGAAUGCGAUAUUUCAAAGGAAGAAGAUGUUACUAAAAUAUUCAAUUGGGUAAAAAAUAAUUUAGGCAGUGCCCAUGUUCUUGUGAACAAUGCUGGAAUUGUACUUCCCGGAAAAAUAAUAGACACAAACAAAGAAAUCUGGGAUAAAGUCAUUGGUGUGAACAUUAUGGGAUUAUUAUACUGUAGUCAGCAAGCCGUGAAAAUGAUGAAGGAAGCUGGAGAAGAAGGUCACAUAAUAAAUAUCAACAGUAUUGCUGGUCACAGAAUAUUGAGAAUUCCGGAAAUGUGCUUUAAUGUCUAUCCUGCAACAAAACAUGCAGUAACAGCAAUAACGUCAACAUUGGAAAUAGAAUUACUUGGAAGUAAAAUAAGAUCAACGAGUAUCAGUCCAGGAUACGUGAGAACGGAAAUGACCGAAGCAAGUUUAAAUUCGGAUAUUGGAACAUUGGUUACUAAGGAACCCGCUCUAGAACCUGAGGAUGUAGCUGCCUCUGUGGUUUAUGUUCUGGGAACCCCUCCACAUGUUCAAAUUACAGAAUUGACAAUUAGACCACUUGGUGAACGCAUCUAAAUAUUUUUUAUUCUGAAAUAUAUGCCUAGUAAUGUAAUAAUUGUUUACUUUUCAAGUUGAGAUUGCAUGAUGAAGAAACAAGUACGUGCAGACAAAGAAAAAACAUCAUGCAUGUGCUGAUCUCAUAAUUAAUUAAUGAUUCUACAUGUAUAUAGAAUUUCCGCUGUACUCUGCCAGUACUAUCGCUGUUGACUAUAUUAUCUGGAAGCUUGUCAUUAAUAAAUUACAUCUUGAAAACUGACAAUUGUAUAAAUCUUGAUAAAAUAAAAAAGGUCAAAUUUGAAGAUCUUCAAAA